AUGACGACUCGAGUGAACGAUAGUAUCGACCCGGAUGUGGCUGCUACUCCCUCACAAAAGGUCGAGUACCAGGUCGACACUCAGUCGCUAGACGAGGAGUUUCCUGUGCCGUCGGACCACGAGACGGAGUCGCUGCGCCGAGUCGCAGGAACCCUACCGCUGGUUUCGUACUCUCUGUGUCUGGUAGAAUUCGCUGAGCGCGCCUCAUACUAUGGCGCAAAAACGGUGUUUUCCAACUUUGUGCAGUUCCCUCUGCCUGCCGGCGGAAAUGGAACAGGUGCUCCUCCCCGAGGAACCCAGAAGACAGCGGGCGCCUUGGAUAUGGGUCUCCAGGCCAGCUCGGGACUGACGCUACUCUUUUCCUUCUUAGCCUACGUGAUCCCGAUUCUCGGGGGCUGGUGGGCCGACGUCUACGUGGGCCGGUACAAAGCGAUCGUGGUGGGCGUGCUAAUCUGCGGCGUCGCCCAUAUCAUCCAGCUAGUCGGCGCGAUCCCGUCAGUUCUCCAAAAGGGGUCAGCGCACGCGGCGCCGCCCUUCGUGCUGGGCUUGCUGCUUCUAGCCCUGGGCGCAGGACUCUUCAAGCCCAACAUAGCGCCCACCAUCCUCGACCAGCACCGCUGCCAGAGACCGUACACCAAGGUGCUCAAGUCGGGCGAGAAGGUCAUCGUCGACCCGGAGCUCACCACCACCCGGACCAUGCUCAUCUUCUAUGGGUUUGUCAAUGUCGGCGCCUUCUACAUGAUUGCCACCACGUACUCGGAGAAAUAUGUCGGCUUUUGGCUGGCGUUCCUGCUUGUCGGCAUCAUUUACUUUCUGUUGCCGAUUCUGCUCGCCGUCAUCUAUAAGAAGACCUAUAGGGCGCCUCCGAAGGGCGGCUCGGAGAUCAGCCGCGCUUUCAAAAUCACGUUUACUGCGCUCCGCCGGAACAAGUUCCUCGUGUGGCGUCAGAACUUCUGGGACGCGGCGAAGCCGGAUACCCUGCGAGCGCAAGGAAUCGCCGUAGACUGGACGGACCAGGGGGUGGAAGAUGUGCGUCGGACUCUUGCGGCAUGCGAAGUAUUCCUCUACUUCCCAAUCUGGAACAUGAACGACGGCGGCAUCGGGUCCGUCGCCACAAACCAAGGCGCCUCAAUGAUAACGAACGGAGCGCCCAACGACGUCCUCAACAACUUCAACGCUCUCAGCAUAAUGGUGGCCGUCCCAACCCUCAGCUUCAUAAUCUACCCCACGCUCACGCGCCUCAACAUCAAAUUCGGCCGCAUCGACCGCCUCACCUUCGGCUUCAUUCUAGCAACCAUCUCCGGCGUCGUCGGCACCCUCGUCCAAUGGCGCGUCUACGAGCUCUCCCCCUGCGGCUACUACGCCUCGACCUGCGACCAAGUCGCGCCCAUCAGCAUCUGGUGGCAACUCCCCAACACGAUCCUCGGCGCGCUCAGCGAGUGCUUUUGUAACGUUACGGCCUACGAGCUGGCGUAUGCACGGUCCCCGCCCUCGAUGAAGGGUCUUGUUAUGUCGAUUUUCUUGUUCAUGACGGCUCUGUCUUAUGCCCUUGGCGAGAUCCUGUUGCCUGUUACUAAGGACCCGUGGCUCCUUUGGAUCUGGGGCGCGCCUGCUGUGGCGCUUGCGGUGCAGACGGUGGUAUUUUGGUUCAAGUUUCGGCAUAUGAAUGAUGAUGCUUUUAUGACAGAGGGCGCUGUUUCGGUGCAGGCUGAGUCUGGGAAGGAGAAGAGUGCGGCGGCGGUUUGA